AUGAGUUAUCAAUUCCGGAGAGGAAGGUAUAACGAUGACUAUGAGGAAGAACAACAUUCCUCCAGGUCAGCUGCCAAUAGAAAGGUCGACAGUUUCUCUGAAGUCGAAGAGGUGCUGAGAGAUAUUAAUCGCAACUGGAGCUUUAUGCUGGAUAAAGAGCUGGAUCCGGUAACGUUAGCAUUAUCUCUCAUGGACGACAGCUCGGUUGGAAGAGGAAGCGAUUAUCAACUAUUUCUUCGAACUAUGCGCAAUUUGGAUACAGCACUUAAAUCUAUCACAAACGAGUACUACCAAGGGUUCAACAGUUCGAUCGGUACAUUUGGUGGUGUGUUGAACAACAUCAACGAUUCGCAUGCUAAGGUGCAGCAAAUCAAGUCGAACCUUGUUAAAGCUAAGCAAGUGCUGCAAGAGCGACGGGCGGAUGUACUGAACUUGUUUUUGAGAAGCAAACAGAGAAAAGAGAUGAUUAGUAUUCUAGAUACCAUCGAAGAGCUGCGCGUGACGCCAGGCAAUCUGGCCAACCACAUCGCUAAUAAGCACUUUUUGUCGGCAUCUACCUUACUGGCUCAUGCAGUCAAGUCCAUCACAGAUCCGGACAUGAAUAAUAUUGGAGCUUUAGAUGACCUUCGGCGUAAUCUAAUUGAACAGACCACUACACUACAAGAAACCAUGAUAGAGGAACUACAUAAUCAUUUGUAUCUGAAGAGCCCGUAUUGUGACACCUUGUGGUCAGCUUAUAUAAAGGACCAACAGGAUUUACCCAUAUCCACAAUCAAAUUGAAGAGCAUGCAAGAAUCACCGUCAAAAGAUGCACAGACCGAAGCACAGGGGCUGUAUUCUAGUGAAACUCAGACUCUGAUCAUUGAGAAUUUCGACCAAAAUCCUGAGCAAAAUUCCUAUACCUACAUUGAAACAUUAAUGGAAUCCUUGGCGACCUUGGGAAAAGUACAAGAAACUUUAGAGGCUGUUCUUAAUCGUCUGCCACUCGAAAUAUAUGCACUAGUUGAUAAAACUAUUGCUCAAGUGGAAGAAAGACAUCUGCAUCAAGUUGAAGUACCGAUCACAAAACAGCAACGAAGCAGCACUGGCCAUGAGCUGGUAUACUCGCUAGACAAAGCUGAUAAUGAAGCGCAAAAUGAGAUUUUGAAAGAUUUCUUGUGGACUUUAUAUUCAAAACUGGAGGCUGUUCUGCGGGGCCACCGCGUACUGGAGGAUUCCGCAAGAAAAAUCCAGGCACGACAAAAAGCUGCUGCAGAAGGUGCAACGCGUGAGGAAUUCACAGUAUACCAUUUCCAUGAAAUAUGGCAACCUGUGCAGUCUGAGAUUCGUACAAUUCUGCACGACUAUCUCAGCGAUCGGGAAAGAACUUCACCUAAUAACCUUCAUACACCGAUUAGUAAAGUUAAUGAAGGUCUGAAGCAACAUUCACCGUCGAAAGGUAGAGAUCGGUCUAAGCAGCUCUUCAAGUUUGUUAAUGAAGGAGAAGACCCAGCGUUACAUCGUGCAUAUAAUACCAUCAAAUCCGAUGUACAGACUUCGCUGAAACGACAGAUCCACAGCUUCACUCCUGCAGACGCAAAGCAGCAAUCCACCAACUAUCAAUCCAUUGUAGUUGACAUGUUUGCAAACACACUGACUGUCAAAGAGCACAAGCUAUUAAUCAAACCAAAUGCUUACAAUGUUAGCGUUUUAUUGAAGCCAACCAUGUCUUUCCUACAAAGAUUAAGAGAAAUCUUCCCCAAAUACGAUAGUAACAAUAUCGACAGUUUUGGCAACUUCUUGGACGACUUUGCUGUAAAUAUCUUCUUGCCUCAGAUUGAAGACAAGGUGAUGCAAUUGAUUCAAAAUGCCACAGUUGGUGCCGAUGCCUUCCGGGAUGACGACGAUUACCAAAAACUUUCUCGUUAUCCAGUUAUCCGAUGCGCUACUGCUUUGCUUGUCGUUAUCCAAAGCUUGUGUCGAACCAUGUACGCAAUGCCCUUCCAUACCGAUGAGUAUAUCAGAAUGAUCGAGAUUGUGCUACUCAAGUUCUAUGAAAAAUGCUUCGAGCGCUUCCACUUCAUUGCUGCUCCUAGUGACCAGAGCAGCGGCAACAAUCGUAUCGAUGAAUACCCUAUCAGUUUGAGCGCCACUUUAGCGCAAGAUGAAGGCGUGGUUGCCUUGCUUACGCAGAGCCCCUACUUUAAUGGAGAUAAGGAUGCGGACGACACGUUUUUGAAAGGACUAAAUCAAAGAGAACUCAAGCUAGAGUUGAAACUCAAGCAAGAAAACGAAAUUAAGACGGGCGACCUUCUUCUCGACCAAAAGAAGCUAAUUGCUUUAGGCCGCCUUUAUCAGAGCUUGAAAUGGUUUGUCCGCAAAAUCUGGGACUUAAGAACACCAAGCAAAAAAUUGGUUCAACCAACAACCAUCAAUGCAGUAGAACAUCAACUUCAAAAUAUGCAUAACUCUGAUCUGACUGAGAGUACGACUGCAUUCGUGUCUAGGCGAUGGUCUUAUGCCGGUGUUCAAACCAAAUCGGAGCCCGGAUUGGAAGGAAAUAUACAUUUGCCUUUGAAAGACGAGACAGCUUCGCGAUUCGAUGCUCUUCUGGUUACUUACCAGCAAUUGGCCGAAACUUGUCUAUUCACUUUGAGAUUGGAAGCCAGGUGCCGUGUCAUGUAUUACUUGGAUAUGGCUACACGAGAGGGCAAUUACUUCUUGGAAGAGGAAUCUUAUGAACCAGACCCGUAUAUCAUGACACUCAAUGCAAACCUUGUGGAAAUUGAUGACUGCGUUGUCCUGUCACUUCCUCCUAAUGAUGAAAGCUUCGUCUUUGACGGCUUGCCAGAUUUGAUCGUUCACAUGGUCAUCUCCAACGCAGCGCAUAUCAAACGUCUCAAUCAUAAUGGCGUCCGAAAAAUGGUCAGAAACAUCUUGGCUCUACAGCAAAAUUUGUUGAGUGUAUUAUCAGUUUCUCAGUGCUCCCCAAUGGAGCGCGGUCGUGAGUACUAUAGCCUAUUCGGCUUGGGCCCUGAGAGAAUGAUACAGGAGAUUCAGGAUAGAGGACCUCGAUUUACCUUUGAUGAAUACAAUGUCAUGCUGGCCUUGAUGUGUGACGAAAACCGAAAGGAUAGCGAAGCAGAUGAUGGCAAGCUGUCCAUUGAUGAUGAGAUUAUGGUCAGUGGCACUCCAAACAGCCGGCAAAAUUACUCAGAAUGGUUUACAAAGUUACUGGAACUCAUGGAGGAUGAAGAGUAA